UUCGUUUGAUCUGUGAUCAGCUUGCGUCUGGCAUUUGCCAUUCUCCCUAUUGCUGUCUGGCUGUUAAGAAAAAGUGGGUGUCUGAUGCACGUGUACGUGCUAAGAAAUGGAUACUGAAACUGAAACCUUAAUAAAUGGCAAGCGUUUGAAACCCAAUCAAGGUUUGCCCUCAAAUAGUGCUGAUGGUGCUAUAAUUUAUGAUUCGUCGCAUUUUCAGCUACGAAGUAGAGAUCGACAUGUUAGUUAUGGAAGCAUCAAUGGAGCAGUUCCUCUACUAGAAAAUAACCGAGAACCAGAAAUGCCUGGAAGGCAAAGUGUUACAUUUAGAAGACUUCCACCGGAAAUGCUAACCACACUUUCCUCACAAUUUGAAAGCUUAGAUUAUGAACCAUGGGAAAGUAGAGUAUUUAAAGAAGAAAAUUCAAGAAAAACUCCAUCUUCUCUAACAAAGCAAGGGGUCAUUAGAUGGGUUGUUGUAUUUUUUAUUGGAGUUUGUACUGCUCUAAUUGCCUGCACAAUUGACAUAUGUGUAGUUGAAAUCACAAAACUCAAAUAUGGAUUUUUAAAGAAAUAUAUUGACAAAUGUGUUACAGAAAAUUGUCUAUACAUUCCAUACCUACAAUGGUUGGGUAUCAGUUGUGGUUUUGCUUUUAUUGCUUCAUUGUUGGUCACAUAUGGUGAACCAGUGGCUGCAGGCAGUGGCAUUCCUUUAGUUAAAUGUUAUUUAAAUGGCAUUAAUGUACAUCGUUUACAUCGGCUGAAAACCCUGUUCGUCAAAGCAGCUGGCGUAACAUGCUCUGUGUUGGGUGGCUUAGCUGUAGGAAAGGAAGGUCCUAUGGUUCAUUCCGGCGCAGCUGUUGCCGCCGGUUUAUCACAAGGAAAAAGCACUUCUUUGGGCUUCGAUUUUGGUAUUUUAAAAGAGUUUCGUUGCGACCAAGAGAAGCGCGACUUCGUAACGGGAGGUGCUGCAGCUGGAGUUGCUGCAGCUUUUGGAGCACCAAUAGGUGGUGUGUUGUUCAGUCUGGAAGAAGGUUCUAGUUUUUGGAACCAAAACAUGACUUGGAGAAUUUUUUUUUGUUCAAUGGUAUCUGCGUUCACGUUGAACGUUGUUCUCAGCGCAUAUCAUGGCCAAAUAGGUCAGUUAGCAUAUGACGGAUUGCUCAAUUUCGGAAAGUUCCCAGAUAUUCCUUUUGCUUUGUUGGAAUUACCCAUUUUCAUAGGAAUGGGCAUCAUUGGAGGACUCAUUGGGGCACUUUUCAAUCAGAUGAAUUAUCAUAUAAGUGUUUUCCGCCGGCGAUUUAUAUUGAGCCGCUGGGCGAAAGUCUUGGAAGUAAUUGUUGUUUGCUCUGUCACCGUCACCACCGGCUUCGUAAUGAUUUAUUGUGUGAAUGAUUGCAAACCCCUUGGUGCUAAAGACGAUAUCGAUUUCCCAAUCCAGAUGUUUUGCGAAGACGGUCAGUUUAAUGCAGUAGCUGCUAUGUGGCUCCAAACGCCUGAAGCUAGCGUGCGUGCCCUGUUUCACGACCAACCAGGCACCCACAAUCCAUUGUCGGUAGGAUUAUUUUUUAUAACUUAUGUUUUCCUUGCGUGCUGGACGUAUGGACUCAGCAUUUCAAGCGGGAUCUUUAUUCCGGCCCUCCUCUCCGGUGCAGCUUGGGGUCGCCUGGUCGGCCUUGGUCUCUAUCGAUUAACCGAAGGAGCUGCAUGGGCAGAUCCUGGAAAGUACGCUUUGAUUGGUGCAGCUUCGCAGUUGGGCGGAAUAGCCAGAGUUACACUCUCAUUGGCUGUGAUUCUAAUCGAAACAACAGGAAAUCUCUCUCUCGGAUUAGGUCUUAUGCUGACCCUACUAACAGCUAAGCUAGUAGGAGAUUGCUUCAACGCGGGGAUAUACGACAUGAAUGUGCAGUUAGCUGGAUUGCCAAUGUUGCCAUGGUCAUCACCUCCUCUCUGCUACGGCACAGAGGCUCGCGACAUCAUGAGCAAGCCUGUUGUUGUUCUCAGGGAAGUCGAGCGUGUGUCUACUAUCCUCAGCGUGUUGGAAGAAACCUCCCAUCAAGGAUUCCCACUGAUAUUCGAAGAUCGGUUUGCUGGUCCACAAGGCAAGCAGAACAGCUUCGGGAUGUUGCGAGGAUUAAUCCUACGCAGCCAACUGAAAAUUUUGCUUAAAGAAAAAGCAUUCUGUACUUCGCCAACAGGAGGCACAUCUCAAACUCCUGUCCCUCUUGAGACAUUCCGUAUGUAUUAUCCACGCUACCCUACGUUCCAGGGUAUGCAUUUCACUGAGGAGGAACGUUCUUCAUAUUUGGAUUUACGUCCUUACUUGAAUCCGACGCCUUACACAGUCCCUAUGCAUGCGUCACUGCCUCGCACUUUCCAGCUCUUCCGAGCUCUAGGACUUCGGCACUUGAUCGUCACCGAUGAUAAUAAUGAGGUUGUUGGCAUGAUAACGCGCAAGACUUUGGCUCGUUAUCGAGCUCGAAUCUGCUGUGGAACAAUUGACUUUGUCGAACUUCCACUAGGCGGUCAUGGCGUCCAACUGUGAUCGCGAUAUUAAUUUUCUUUUGGCACCAAUAGGACUUCGAUCCCAACGCUUCCUUUAAACGAUAACGCGCACAAUUUGGUUCAUUGCGUAAUAGUUUAGUCCCCCGCCCUCCAUCCCCAACCUGUAUUGGAAAGUUCCCUCUAGUCCUUUUUAAAACAAACAUGUCAUUCCGAUCGUAAAGCUUAAAUGUGAUUUCAUCUCGAGCUUCUUUCUUUUUCGUUGAAAGUCGAGCGGGCACAGUCUGUUGUGUUUUUGUUUUGUUUUUUAUCGUCUUGUUUUCCCUCUUUUUUUGGUUGUUUUGUUUCGCAACCUUACAUUUUAGGUGGUAGUAGUAGAUUAAUAGUUUUAUCUUAGGUUGCUUUUGGUUUUGAAUAUUGGCCUUGAAUCAAAAAAGGUUCCCCAAUCCCAUCGAUGUCUUUCCGCCAACGGUCAUUCCAAGUAUUCUUCACGUUUGAUGACCAAAAAAUAGCCUUGUUGAGUUCCCCAUGAUGGAUUGCUAACGAUUUACUAUUUUAUAAGCCAAGUAGAUGUUAGCGUUCUUAAAUAAUAUACGCGAUGUUGCGUAGAAACCUUGAAUUCCUCUUUUGCUCUAGAUUUGGUCACCAUAGCAACCGGUACAUCGCAAAAUUAUUGUGGCAUGCAAGAUCAUCUGUUUUGCCUUACAAAAGGUAUUUCGCUCUUUUUGUUUUUCUUUUUGCUAGGAAUUGCCCGUCGCGUGAGACUGAGCGGAAUCAGGUCAGUAGGGGAUUUCCAGUUCCAGCCGGUUCAAGCCGCCGAAGCUCGAGCUUUUUGGAGUUAGACGGCCCCAAUGCACCAAGAAUACAACUCGUCUGUAGACCACUGCAGUUCCAGACCCAUUCACGUCCUAAUUCCAGUUAUUUUCUAAAGUAAUGAACGGAACGCGUCUGAGCCGUUUUCCUUGGGCAUUAGCAUAGCGGCAGAUUUCUGAACAAGAAACCACACAGCAACAAACGAAUGGAAACCAAGCGCAGCCAAUCAGAAAGCGACGCAGCGCGACACACCCUCUUUCAAACCAUUGUACAUGGACUUUGGUGGAUCCACGGCAAGCGACGAUCGCGGACGCAUAUAAACCGGGACGGGACUCCCUCUUGUCGUAAUAUUCAGGAAUUCCCAUCGUUGGCGAAGAAAUUUAAGCUGUUCAUCUGGUUUGCUUGCAUUCGCCUUGCAGUUGUUGUCCAAAUCCUCAGUUUUCCUGUCAAAAUUUGGGCUCCAGGUAGUCGACCAAUAACGUUGGCUUUCUCUCAGACAAGUGUAUUAUGGUCGUAAAACAAAACGAAUCGGCUGUCGCGCUCAACUGGCGAUUGUUUACUCCCGGCUGUUUUCGCCAGGCCCUUCACCGUCUCUUUGACGAUUUUCGGGAAAAACAAGAACAAAUCCAUUCCACGAAUACUGCGAUCCUUACCCAACUAACCGUAUUUGAUUCGUUUUUAAAUUAAAUCUACAUCCUUAUUUGGAAAAAAACAG